UAUCUGGUGACAAUUGAAGAAAAAAGCAAAGCAACUUUCCUAAGAGCAUAUGUGAACUGGAGAUGCAUGUCUGCAGGGAGUUCUCGUGUUUGUGUUCGGAUGAUUGGUCACAAGAUGGAAGAGUCAUACAGUGAAGCCUUAAAAGAACAGAUGUCGAUUGUGGAAAUGCCACUUUCAGAUCCUCCGCUGUGCAUUUCAUGUUGUCCUGUAAAUGGAGAUCUUCUUGUGGGCUGCAAAAAUAAACUAGUCAUGUUCUGUUUGAAAUACCUGGUCAUAAACCAGAAUUUGACUGUGUUAGACUUUGAACGCUCCUUAAUUUUACACAUUGAUAACCUGAUUCCAAAAAUUGCAUUUUGUGCCAGACAUAUAGCCAUAACAACAGAGCUGGAUGUUCUGAUCCUGCAAUUAGAACUGAUCCAGCAAAGUGCAGGCAGGACAGAGCAGUGUGCACAUGGAGCUAGUAAACUAGAAAAGCCUGUGGGUGGAGGUGUGAAAGAUGAAGGCUCUUCAGCACAUACUUUGCAGCUUGAAUUAGAUGAGUUCAUCGUCUGUCAGAAGCCAGUGGAACUGCUUGGGGAAGAAAGUAAGCUCUGUGAGAUACCCGUCACACUGGAAUCCACAGAGUUACCUACAGAAGACACAAAGCGCUACCAAGUGCGGUAUCUGCUUUUCAGACGUUUCACACCCGACCAGUCGCCUUUUGGGUUUUGUGAAGAGACAAAGCUGCACUCUGUUCAACUGCUUCCUGUAUACCGGACAGGAAGUUCUGUGACAGUCCUUGAAGAAAAUGAGAACGAGAGAGAACUACUGAGUCUCUUCUGCUUUUUCUCUUUACCUCAUGUUGGAUAUCUCUACUCUGUUGGGAAGUUAGUAGAACUGAUUUCUACUUACCAAUAUUCAGAGAAGUCUGAGCAGGCAGUUCUCACUCCACAGUUCCUGCACGUCAUUACAAGCGAGAACCUGCAGUGUUUCACAGUGCGGUGCAGUGCAGCUGCAGCUCGUGAUGAGGAUCCAUAUAUUGAUACAACCGUGAAGGCUUGUCCACCUGUCACACUGGAUGUCUGCACAUUAAGAAUGCAGCUUUUUAUAGGACCAAGAGCUAUCUGUCAUUUCAAAAACCAUAUAAUUCUUUUAACUAAGGCAGACACAGAAGAUAUUACCAAAAGAAGAAAGCCUACAAGAAGAAUGAUUUCCAGAAAGGCUGACAGCAUCAAAUCCAGAACAAAUUCUGAGUCAGAGCCUGGUUGGAAUUUAUAUAUUAUAAACACUGUCUCAACCAUUCAGCUUUACAGAGAAAUGGUAGAUUAUAGUAGAACUUACGAAAAUGUAAAAACUGAGAGUUGCAUCCAUCUUCUAAGUGAGGCUCACUUACUGGUCAGAGCAGCUAUAAUGGACCCUCAUUUCCUUAAAUCAGAUGAGAAAGAAGAACUUCUAAGAGCAUUCAGAGAAAGUUGUGCCUUCUUAGGAGACUGCUACAGCAGGUUUGACACAAGGGAUUACCACCUUGCUUUGCCGUACUACAGAAUGUCAGGUUUAUCCACGACUGAAGUUUUAAAGAGAAUAGUUUCAGAAGGUGAUGAAAAGCAGACGUAUGAGAAAGGAUUUAUAUUUUACUUAACUCACUCUCUUAAUGAAGACUUAAAUGAAGAAUUGAGUAAGGAAUCAGCAAAUAAAGUUCUCCAGAUAUUCUAUCUUGCCGACCCUGUGCAGCUGCCCCAUGUCCUCUGCAGCCCCUGCAUGAGAAACGUAUGUCCUUUGACAGCUGUGGAGUAUCUUCAGAAAGUAAAAAAGAUUAUGCCAUCAGUGGUCCUGACACUUACCAAAGCUUUCAUGGCUCUGAAAAUGGGAGAUCUGGCAAUGUAUGAACAUGAGAUGGACUCCUAUAAAGAGACAAUACUGGCUUGUGGCUUCAUCGGACAACCAAAACUCUUGAGACAGCACAAGGAAGGAACUGUUACGCCAACUGAGUUUGCUGUUCACCUGAAGGAGAUGCAGCCUGGUUUGCUGGUGGCUGCCACUGUGGCCUUACAUGAGAACAGUAAAAUUGAACUGGAAGAAGCAGAUACCUUUUUCAAGAUGUUGUGUAGUAACAGUGAAAACACUAUUCCUCAGCUCUUGGUGGAUUUCUGGGAAGCUCUUCUUGUAGUGUGCUCUCAGGAAGAAAUACUUCAGGAGCUUUUACUGAGGGUUACUUCUCAGUAUGUUUGGAGAAUAUCAAAGAAACAAGUUCCUGAGACUAAGCCAUUGAAAACAACAGAGGAUCUGAUAAACUCCUGUAAUCAUUUUGGGUUGAUUUUCCCGUGGGUAACUUGCAUAAUGUCAGUGGCACCUCCAUCUGAUAAAUAUUACCAUGAAGAUAUCUCAAAACUACAGUCUCUUUUAUGUAGUCAGUCAAUCAAUAUAGCUUCAGCUCUGCCUGUCUUGGAGCCUCUGCUAGAGGCUGGUAAUAUCGGCCUCACGAUCCGUGUUCUCUGCAACACUCGUCUGGGCCAGUACGAGGAGGCCAUUGACGAGCUUCUCAAAAGGUGUCCUGAUGCAGCUGUGCCAUAUGCUCAGCAUGAGCUGAAAGGUGACAGUCAGGCUGUGUGGUGGAACAAACUGCUUCCUGAACUUUGCAAGAGAACCAGACUUAGUGGACAUGACUGCCCUGUUCUUAUUUCAUCACUGAAAGAGACUUUAUCAGUUGUUGCAAUGGAACUUGAACUAAGGGAUUUCCUCAGUCUUCUACCAGAGGAUGGAACUGCAGCAUUUUUCCUGCCACAUCUUCUUCACUGCAGCCAGAGGAAGCUGCUGACCUAAAACAAGCAAAGUCCACUCUGCACUCAACUACAAAGAAUGUGCUGGAAUAAAAAAGUAAAUGAAACAAAGAGUAGAAUUACAUAU